AUGCAAGCGCCGCGGCGUCUAUUUAGCGAGCUCAUACAGCUCUCGACAAGGCGGCCCGUCCCUCCUCGACGUCGUACUCUACACGCCUCUGCCUGCUCGAGACACCCCCGACCGACAUCCGUCUCCUCCUCGACGCCCUUGGCCGGUGGCCGUGAUAGUCAGGAACAUACCCAGAAACACCAGACUACCCGCCCAGGGGAGGAACGUGAGACCCAGCACCCACGCCGCCGCAAGGGCCCGGCCACCGUCAGUACCUUGCUCGCUAGCGGCGGGCUCUUGUCUCUCUUCGUCGGCCUCUCGGAGCCCUUCCAUGUGCCCACUCAGGAAGAAGCAGAUGCCUCCGACCCGGCCCCGUCCACCGACGACCGCGACCCAUCUGUCCCUCGCUUCAGGCUCUCCGAAAUCCGAAAACAUGAUGCCAAAUCCGGUAGCCCAUGGGUUACCCAAGGCGACAAGGUCUACGACAUAACUGACUGGGUUGCCGCCCACCCCGGAGGUGAUGUCAUCCUCCGUGCUGCUGGAGGUAGCAUUGAUCCCUACUGGAACAUCUUCACCAUCCACAAGUCGCCCCACUACUUGAUUGGCUUCAUCGACUCGGACGACCUUGUCGACGGCAAGCCCGCUGCUCAGGAAAUAGAAGACCCCUUCAAGCACGAUCCUACCCGUGACGAGAGACUCAUCACCCUCACUCCCAAGCCUCGCAAUGCAGAGACGCCCGUGGAAGGUCUGGCUGACAGCUAUCUCACUCCCAAUGAGCUCUUCUACGUGCGCAACCACAUGUGGGUUCCCCAGGUCGAUGAUACUUCGGACUACACCCUCAAGAUUGAGCUCCUCGAUGGCACCAUUAAGGAGUACUCUCUCGAUGACCUGAAAACCAAGUUCAAGCCUACCACUGUUGUGGCUGUUUUGCAAUGCUCUGGCAACCGCCGAAGCGACAUGACGCGCAACGCGAAGAAAACCAACGGACUCCAGUGGAAUGUCGGCGCCAUCUCUUGUGCGGAAUGGCAGGGCGUGAAGCUCACCGACGUACUUGCCGAUGCCGGUAUUCCUAUACUCGAGGCCAUGACUGGAGAUACAGAGGCCAAACACGUUCAGUUCAUGGCGCUCGAAGCCUAUGGCGCGUCAAUUCCCAUUCAAUCUGCUCUGGACCCGCGUGGUGACGUUUUGCUGGCAUACUCGAUGAAUGGCAAGCCGCUGCCGCGAGACCAUGGAUACCCUCUUCGUGCUCUUGUGCCGGGCCAUGUGGCAGCUCGUUCCGUCAAGUGGUUGAGCCAGAUCACUAUUUCUGAUGAAGAAAGCCACAGCCAAUGGCAGCGCAAAGAUUAUAAGUGCUUUGGCCCCAACGAGACGAGUCCCGACUGGGAUCGCGCCGCACCAAUUCAGGAGAUGCCCAUCACGAGCGCCAUUACCACCGUCAGAUUAGGUGACUGGAGAGCAACAACAAGUGAGUCAGAGGCGAAUGAGAAGGCCGACAGCCUCCGCGAAGCGUCUCUCAUGGGUUACGCCUACUCCGGUGGCGGUCGCCGUAUUGUUCGUGUCGAUGUCAGCGUCGACAAUGGCAAAACUUGGGAUCAAGCCGAGUUGCUCGACGAGCCUGGAGCCCCGCCAAAGGCCGGGCACAAGUCCUGGGCAUGGAAGCGCUGGAGGUAUGACGGCGCAAUCCCGCUUGGCGAGCCAGGUGAAGGGACCAAGAAGUGUACCACCCUGCUCGUCAAGGCCACCGAUGAGGCAUAUAACUCGCAACCCGAGAGUUACUCGGCCAUUUACAACCAGCGUGGAAACUUGGCCAACGCGUGGCACCGCCUCAAAAUCUGCUCCGAUUGUGCCAACAAGGCCGUGAUCGCGACUAAGUAG